UCUCAUGAAGCCUGUCGUCAACCUUUCUUUUGUCGCCAAACGCCAACUGUUCCCGCAUAGCCGCUGUCGAUCUCAAGAAAAAGCGCCACACAAUCCCUCAAGAUGGUGAAGGAAAAAGGCUUCAAUCCGGUGCAGGCGCAGCGCAAAGCGGACAAGGCCAAGGAGAUCAAAAAAGGCAAGGCCGAGGUGCAAGCGCGGCGCAACGAGCGGCUCGCGCGGCGGAACCCCGAGGGCAUCCAGCGGCAGGUGGACGAGCUCAAGAAGGUGGCCGAGGGCGGCGGCAAGCUCACGCGGCACGAGGAGCAGGUGCUCGAGGGGCUCGAGAAGGAGCUCAAGGCGGUCGUCAAGGCGCGCGAGGCGCUCGGCGACAAGGCGCCGCAGUUCAGCAGCAGGGGGCCGCCGCGGGAGGGCGGGGAGGGUGGUCGCGGCGGCGGCGCGCUGGGCAAGAGGAGGAGAGGGGAUGACGACGACGAUAUUGUGGUGGCGGGAGGGAGGAGGCGGGGCGGCGGGAGGGAGAGUGACAGCGACAGCGACGAGGUGCCCGACGACGUGCGCGCCAUCCCCAUGCCGCGCGACACGCCGCCGCCGAUACCGAAGGAGGUGCUGGACAGGUGGUGGGCGAGGCGGAGGGCGAAGCGCGGCGGCGGCGGCGGCGGUGGUGGUGGCGGUGGGGGACGCGGCGGUGGGAAUACCGGCGCUGGCUACGCGGGUGUGGGAAGCAGCGCCAACGCGGAGCCCUUGACCAACGACAGGGGCCUGGGCGGCGGCGGCGGCGGCGGCGAGGACGACGGAGCAGCACAGAGGCAGGGCACGCUGCCGCAGCGGCGGAGGCCGCCGCCGACCGCCCCCCCUGCGGAGCCAAAGGUGGUGUACGAGGCCAAGCCCAUGGUGCGCAACCUGCUCAAGGAGGCGACGAGCGCCUUCGUGCCGGCCGCGGUCGCGUCCAAGCUGGCCAUGGGCAAGGGCGAGGGCGGCAGGUUGAUGGAGCCCGAGGAGGCGGACCGGCUGGAGAGCGAGGGGUACAUGAAGACGGCGACGGCGGCGAAGGGGGAUGAGGAGGAGGAGGAGGAGGAGCAGGCGGCCAGCAGGCUGCACCAGGUCACGCUGGAGGAGGUGGCGGAUGAGGACGGGGGCAGGUGAUGCAUUGGUUUGAGGAAGGGGGCUAUCGAGGAGCCGUCAGAGCCAGGGGUCUGACAUGUAACUCGAAAGGCCGGAACAUGGUGGUUCUUGGGCUGCAAUACAUGAUAAUGACUGCCCUUAUUGACUGGUCAGUCCAUGCGCAUGUGUGCAUUCCAUUGGCAGCCCCGUCGAGCCUUGCCCCCAACGCCCACCACAAAUUCCUGUUAUUAUUUCUUUCGUUGUUCCUGUCAUUAGCAUCAUUCCCAUUUAUGAUUUCAUUGCUAUUCCUCUUGUCAUUCUACUUUUAGCACCCGCCAACCGAGGCAUAGUCAUGCGCUUCAGCCUCGCUUUUGUCUGGUAUCAUUGCCAGACCGCCGUUGCACCAACCGGAGCGCCAUCCUGCCAAAGAGGGCCGCCGAAGAACAUGACCAUUGUGCACAUCCCAUGCAAGGCAUCACAUAGUUCCGAAAGUAGCCGAACCCACACUCUCGACUGGGCCUGCAUUAGUGCAGACCGGUGUGUGUGCCCGAGGAGGGAGAGGAGGGAGGGGGGGUCGGCUACGGCCAGCGC